AUGCCGCCAAAAAAGAAGCAAAAACUCGAAAAACUCGACAAACCCACCUUACAUACCUGCAACAAGACUUCCUUUGCAAAAGCCCUGCCAAACGAGAUCUAUCGCCAACGGCUUCUAGAUUACAUCGCCAUCAUCCAUCAACUUGCCGACCAUGCUUCCCACGCGCUGAAAUUCUAUCUCCUUUCAUCAUCAGCGCCAGUUUUUCCCACGGUAAAUGAAGAUACAAUCGAAGCCAUCCUGUAUCUUCUCAACAAGGGGGAGGCUUGGCAUCCAAGAAAGGAAGCAAAGAAGGCAUGGCGGGAUUGUUUGCUGCCAUAUGUUCAACGGUACUGCCAAAUCGUCGGCUUCAUUCACCCAAAUCUACGAGGCGAGCAGCAGUCAAUCAAUUACCUGACAGCGAGUAUGAUGAUGAACCUGAAAGUCAACGUUCAAGAGCAUUUCAUGACGAUGCUGCUCCGAUAUAUCAAUCUGCAGCUUGACGUGAAGGGACAGAAGCAGCAACUGCCACCGAAAAGUGAUGCGUGGAAAAGUGAUGCGUGGAAAGCUUUCUUUGCUCGUCUUCGUUACUUGAAGUCAAUUUUCCUUUUUGAUGUGGUGCCCGAGUUGCUGGAUCUGAGCAGGACAGAAUCCGAUAUCAUGGACGAAAUUUGGUCGCUCGAUCUGCCUUUUCUUGUCAACGAUCCACUGGCAUAUGCUGUUGCCGUUGACCCGAUGUCCUUUUUCCCUGCAUACUGUCGGUUGUCAAGCCUAUAUGAAAAGCAUGGAUUUCGACGGUUCAGCGCCAUCCCACUUCGCCACUCCCUCAUCCAAACACAUAUUCACAUCGACACGGUCAUUCUGUACCAGCAUAUCCUUUGCAUCAUGCGACGGGAAGCGGAAACUGUUGAAAAGUUCGAUUUAUGGUUGCGCGUGUGCAACCUGCGGAGCAAGGCUUUUCGGUCUCGCCGCGGUAUGCAGUUUGAAGGCUCGAUCAGUACGGAUGGAACCUCGGUGUCGGUAUACCUAAAGCACCCAGAAGCAGAGUAUGGAAAGCGCGGAGCGAGAAAGUCAGCAAAGAGUUUAGAGGAUGAAGUUAAAGCGCAAUACAUGGAGAAAAACUUACCUGCUUGUCGAGCAGCAGAGAAUGUCGUUGUUAUCGACCCAAACAAGCGUGAUCUACUCUACUGCCAAGACAGCAAUGGUGCGACAAUGUUUCACUACACCGCCAACCAGCAAGCCAUGGAGACUGGAAGCCGUCGACAGCAAAGUGCAACGGCAGCAGAUGAAGAAAGAAGCUGGAGUUGA